UAUGUACGUGUAGUAUUACGGUUUAGUGGUUAAUCAGCUGAGCCACGGUCGCCACCAUUUUCGAGCCAAAUCGUGUAAAGUAGAUGAGAGAGAUUCUGAUUCUCCUAUUUCCGUCUCUCUAUUUACGGACUUUGGCAACCUUUAUAUUAUCUCGUCGGUGAGCGUAUGUACACAUUUUCCGGACUGAUGUAUUAGCGAUUGUUCGGGAUUUGAUAUGUUUGUUCGUUCGCUCAAUGUAUACCCACCUUAACAUCGCGUUAGUGACAGCCGGUGUGUGUAUGUGUGUGUGUGCGCGCGUGUAAGGAGAGGUUAUAUCGACUUGUCAACUUUAUCUUUGUGUGUUGCGCAAUAUGACGACCACGACGAAAAGGGGUUUCUAAGAAUUUUUAAGAAUCGACAUUGCGACUGAUUGUCGUUAUCGUCAACAUCUGUCUCUCUCUCUCUCUCUCUCGUUACCCGAGUCGGUACGCACGAUAAAACGGCAAACAGUCAAAAGUGUACCAAUAGUAGCAUCGGAGAUGCUUCGUAAUAUUUGUCAAGCGGUAUCGCCGACGAUCCUGCGAACAAUCGGAACGCGCAUGAAACACGACUUGGCUGACAUGGUUUUGACAGCACGUGCUCCCUUCUCGAAGGAUUUCUUGUUUCGCCAGUUUUUCGAUCCAAUAUCCAGCACAUACACGUAUUUGCUGGCCGAUGUCAACGAUAAAGAAGCGAUCUUAAUCGAUCCUGUUAUCGAAUGGGCCGAUCGUGACAAACAAAUCAUCGAGGAGCUAGGCUUGGUGUUGAAGUUUGCCUUGAACACGCAUAUGCACGCGGACCACAUCACCGGUACAGGUCGACUGAAGAUGCUCUUACCCGGCUGCAAGUCGGUGAUUUCGCGCAGCAGCGGCGCCGAGGCCGAUGUACUCCUGGAGCCGUUCGAUCAGGUCCGAUUCGGCAGGCAUCACUUGGCGGUACUGCCGACCCCCGGUCACACCGAAGGUUGCAUCACGUACGUUUGCGACGAGCAGGCAAUCGCGUUCACGGGUGAUGCACUCUUGAUACGAGGAUGCGGCAGAACUGAUUUUCAGGGCGGAUCCGCCGAGACUCUCUACAAAUCCGUCCACAGGAUGAUCUUCACGCUGCCGCGGCAUUACCGAUUGUAUCCGGCGCACGAUUACAACGGCAGAACUGUUACCACCGUGGCUGAGGAGAAAGCUCUCAAUCCCAGACUGUCCAAAUCGCUGGGGGACUUUGUCCGGAUUAUGGCCAAUCUCAACCUGCCUUACCCGAAAAUGAUCGAUAAAGCUGUUCCGGCGAACAAAGUUUGCGGUUUGUUCGAGGUUGAGGAGGAAAAGGACAAACGGUGAAAGACCGUUGACAGGUUGACAGCGUUACAGUCAAUGUAAUGCGCGAGUGGCGCACCGAUAUUGUAGCUUCGCUGACGCUAUUCUUGAUGUAAAUAAGGUAUGGCAUCGCACAAGCGCAGUUUAUAUUUACAUACGAUGAACAGUGCAAUUAUUGUUGAUUCUACACGCCAAUAUAUGAUAACCGGCGUUACUAGCGUUAGAGAAAGGCGUAGAGAGAAGUUACGUGCUUUCUGUUGCAUGCAUAUAUUGUCUAAUAUUAUACAUACACAUAUACGUCAAAUUACAACUAAACAAAAGAGUUUUCGAAAGCUACAUAACUUUGCUCCCACACUCAUCCUGCACGGCAUUAUUUACCGGCGUUUAUUCUCGCGCCAUUUAAACUCACUUGAGAACUGUCUACAAAUUCAUACGUUAAACGUUCGCAUACAUUUUUGUUAUUAUUUCUUUUGAGCGAAACAAAUCGUUAUUUAAUUGUGGUAUUUCAUUUACGGGCUCUUUUCCGCUCCAAGUUUUUAUUGCAACAAUAUAAAGACCGAGGCCGGGUUAAAAGAGUGCUUUGGUUUACGCGCGAGGUUUUAAUGAGUUGACACGUGCAUUUUGUACAUUUAUGUGGCAGCGUGUUCUUCGAGAGAGAGAGAGAGAGAGAGAGAGAUACGAUAUAUAUCAAACAUAUGACUCGAAUAUAACGCACAAUACUAUAAGCUGCCCUCUGAAUGGGUGCGCUCUCAUUUACGAUAGAAAUUCAUCACCUAUUCGUUAGUUAGUCGCGUUCAACGCGAACGCUUGUUAAUUUUCGGCAAAAUUUGGCCGACAUAUUCGUUUUUUUCUGCGGUUUCUGUUAAUCGCACUCGAUCGGCAAAAGUCGAUCUGCAAAUGUUUAAAAAGGAGAUAAAA